AUGAACAGAGUCUGGCCUCUAAAGUCCCUCUGUCGACGACCAUGGCCGAUAUCGUCAGUGACUGCGCCAUUGCUUGAUCCUUUAAUCCCCAUUGAAGAAGAAAACACACCGGAUUAUCACGCUGAUCGGUUCUACCCUAUCAAACUUGGCCAAGUUCUCAACAAGCGAUACCAAAUUGCUACAAAGCUAGGCCACGGUGCCAGCUCGACUGUAUGGCUGGCUAGAGAUCUCAACCGCUGGCGAUGGUCAAAGGAGAAAUACGUCGCUAUCAAGGUCAAUGUAAUCGGACAGCCUUCACGACGGGCCCCCCCAGACAAUGAAAUCGAUAAUUUAAGGCACAUUUUUCAAGUGAAUCCCGAGCAUACAGGCUGGCACUUUAAUAGAAAGCUCUCCGACUCCUUUUCACUGGCCGGUUCCUUGGGCGCCCACAGAUGCCUUGUUAUGGAGGCCUUGCGUGAGCCCCUGUGGCUUUUUUGCAAAAGGUUUACAGGUUGUGUAAUACCUCCAGUCAUCUUGAAGAUACAGAUACAGAUGAUCCUUGAAGGACUCGACUAUCUCCACUCGGAGUGCCAGGUUAUCCAUUCAGACCUCAAGCCAGACAAUAUCAUGGUCAAGGCCGAAGACGUUUCAAUUUUCCAACGAGAUGCUCAAGAUGAAUUCGACAACCCAAUCCCGCAGAAGCAUAUUGAUGAUACACGUACCAUAUACCUCUGUCGGAACAACUAUGGACGGAUUGUGGCUGGAGACGGUAGCAUCCAAAUUGUCGACUUCGAUCUUUCCGUUCGGUCAAACCCGGGUCAGAUACAUACAGGUGCUAUUCAGGCAGAAAUCUUUCGGGCGCCAGAAGUGAUACUGGACGCAGGAUACUCGUAUUCUGCAGACAUCUGGAGCCUUGGGGUUAUGUUAUGGGAUUUACUAGAGGGAGAUGCUCUUUUUCUUCCGAGACUCCAUGACCUCAGUGAAUACGACGACGAAUCGCAUCUUGGCCAAAUCACAGCUUUGAUCGGCCCUCGACCACAGAACAUCCUGUGUAAUGGUCAGAGAAACUCAAUGUUUUAUAAUCCGAAUGGCGAGCUCAGAGAUCCUGGUCGAGUUCCGGAAGGUCUCACCUUUGACAGCACUAUCAAACGAAUAAGUGGCGAGGAAAAGGUCCAGUUUAUUCGUUUUGUCAAGAGGAUGAUGAAAUGGAAUCCGGAAGAGAGAGAUACGGCAAAACAACUGCUUAAUGACCCAUGGUUGGAAGAAAAGUCUCCUCAAGACUAG